CUGCAGGGUGGACACAACAGCAGUUGAAAAAUGGGUUGCUUUGGAUUCCUCAAGUUUAUGAUGUUUGCUUUCAAUGGUAUUAUAUUUUUGGCAGGUGCAGCCAUCCUGGGUGUUGGCAUCUGGGUGAAGGUGGACAGCGGCUCCAUCCUGAGUUUCCUUGGCAUGAUUGAUGAUGCCCCCAAGGAGCUUUCCCAAGUGCUCGAUGUAGGUUACCUGCUAAUUGCAGUAGGAGCGCUGCUGGUCAUCAUUGGUUUUCUAGGCUGCUGUGGAGCCGUCAAAGAGAGCAAGUGCAUGCUGCUGCUGUUCUUCAUCAUAAUCCUGCUGGUUUUCAUAGCUGAGGUCGCAGGAGCUGUGAUAAUCUUGGUAUACAGACCUUUGGCUGAAAAAUUAUUUGAUAAGUUUGGCACAUCAGCAGUCGCGAGCAUCAAAAAGGACUAUGGGAAGAAUUCAGACAUCACUGGACUGUGGGAUACUACAAUGAGCACAUUAAAAUGUUGUGGAAUCUACAACUCCUCGAACUUCAUGGACUCGCCAUAUUAUGUGGAAAACAACAAUCAGUACCCACCUCCGUGCUGUCCAGAUAAUAGGCCGUGCAAUCAAACGGUCAUUGACAAUUUCACGGCAAUCCCAGGUUGCUUUGCAAAGAUCACACAAUUGAUUGAUAACAACAUGGUGGCGAUUAUUGCUGUGGCUCUGGGAAUUGCGGUACUUGAGUUAUGUGCCAUGACUGUAUCCAUGGUCCUUUACUGCAAGAUAGAUUCAAAGACAGCCUGA